GCCACAGCCAGUAGCUGGGCUCGUCGUCCUCUCGCCCCGCCUUCCCCUGCGUCCGUUGACGGCCGUCUGCGCCUCAAGCCAAGCCUCGGUCGAGCGCUGGGCUCAUUUCCGAGGCUGCUGGCUUUAGUAGAACUGAGGGAGCAUGAGCCAUUUGCAGAACUUACUGUUAGAUACACUCCUGGGAACAAAGCAUGUGGACAGUGCAGCCCUCAUCAAACUCCAGGAGCGAAGCCUAUGUGUAGCAUCACCAGGAUUUAGUGUAAUGCCCAGUGAUGUCCGAACACUCGUAAAUGGGUUUGCCAAGAACCCUUUGAAAACCAGAAGAGAAGGAUUGUAUUUCAAGGAGAAGGACUACAAAUGUGUCCGGGCAGAUGACUAUUCUCUUUAUGCCAAGAAUGAAAACACUGGUGUGAUUGUUGUGAAGACCCAUCUGUAUCUUCUGGUGGCAACUUACUCUGAAGGCAUGUAUCCCAGUGUCUGUGUGGAAGCCGCAGAGAAGUUGGGAGACUAUCUAAGAAGAAAAGGGAAUUAAGUCAUCAAAGGACUAUGAAAGAUGGCUUUUAUGAUUUUAGAAGAAAAUGAUAGAUCCUAAAGAAAUAAAUGCCUUAUUUUGUGGUUUAAAAACCCUAGGCAGAAGAUACUGAAAAGGAAGAAUGAAUUAAGGAAGCAAUUUUUCUCAUUUCAAGAGAUUCUCUUCUUUAAUUGGAAUUAUUUAAUCCACUUUUUUUUCAUUGGCAUGAAUGUGACACUGGUAGUUUCACAGAGCAUAUCUGUUGGAAGACUCCUCUAUGAGUCUCUUGUAUUCCCAUACAUAUUGUUGGAUAUGCCAAGAAUGCAAGAAUGACUGAAUUAAUCUCCAGUCCCUCUCCCCUCUCCAGAGAUCAGCGGUUGGGGGACCAGGGACGAAAGCUAAAAAUAUUUAUUAUAUCACUUCUGGUCUUAAUGGCAAGGUUGUAUUGAGUAAAAAGGUGGAUAUAUCUUACUAUCUUAGCCAGAUUAAGUAUUAAACAUUCAGUUCAUCUCAAUCA